AUGUCUGAAGAGGAAAAGAAGGUGUACCUGGAGGAUUGGAGGAGUGCUAAAGAAUGGGGAGGGUUUCUCUAUAGUAUAGAAAGAUGGGAACGGAUAGCUGAGGUGGAGAAGAUAGUGUGCAAUGCAUGCAAGGAGAUCUGUCUUGGGCUGAGGGAGGAGGAGCUUCUGGGAUUGCUAGCCGAGGGAGGUAUGAAGAAGACUUUGAAAGAGGAAUUCAGCGAAGAUAAGGCCAAAGAUGCAAGAUAUCUAGAAUAUAUUGUUGUUGAUGACGUGCUGUUGCUGGAUGCACACAGAGAAUAUGGAGGAGAGGUCACCAAAGAGUUGGUUAGGCAGAUGCUGCUGGGGAAGGAGGGAAAGGAUAUAGACAAAAGAUAUGUAGACAGGGUUGCAGGUGUAGUCAGAGAAAGACAGAGGAAAAGAGAAGAGGAAACGGAAAGGAGUGUGAAAGAGCUGGUGGGGGACGAGGAGAAGGCGAAGAGUAAGGAGGAGAAGGCGAAGAGUAAGGAGGAGAAGGCGAAGAGUAAGAGGGGGAGGAAGGGGAAGAGUGCUUCUGCACCCUCGGAACAAGAGGAGGAGAAGAAGGAGAGCGAGGUAGAGGAGGCUGAGCAGGGCGGGGAAGUAGAGGCGCUGCCGGUGGAGGUUGGAGGUGCACGCAGCAAGGGGGGCAAGAAGAAGAGCAAGGGUGGUCGGAAGUGUUUCAAGAUCCACAGAAGGGUUCUUCGGUGGACGAAGAGCCCUGAGAAGAUCAAGGAGGAGUGGGACAAGGGAAGUGAGGAGAGGUGGAAGGGAAGGUCUCUUGAAGAGAUCAAGGAGCAGAAAAUAGUGCAUGAUAUAACGGGUGUGCUGGAACUUCUCAGGAGUGAAGAUGCAGACAGAUUCUUCAUGGAUGCAGGAAAGUACAGGAAGGGCGGGAGUGAGAGGCAGAGGAUGGUGGCGAUUGGAGCUCUUGAGACUGGGGGACAGAGGAUGACAGGAGUGGUGGAGGUUGGGACGUUCAAGGAUGGGGAUGGAUGUCCGGUUGUGUACCACCUGAGGUUCAAGCCAACCAGUAUAGGGUCGAUAGGAGAUGUUAUAAACCCAGGGGUUGUUGAAGCAAGUGAUGUAGGCAGGGUAGACGAGGGUGAAGAAUGUGAGGAUGCGGACAAGUUUGUGUAUCCAAAAGGAGUAAGGUUUGAAACGGUGAAGGAGACAGGAUCAUUUCAGAUAGUGUGGAAGAAUCCUUCGGAUACCUCUGAGGUUCUCCGUCGUCUUAUUGUUUAUUGCAGGCCAUGUGUGAUCUGA